AAGCAUUCACUUACUGCCAGAGAGACAGACUGGAAGUCGCUUGUCAAGUUUCACCCUGACCUUGUGAGUGUCAGCAAUUUUUUAUUCAUUGAAGCUCAUCAUUUUGAUUUGAUUUUUAGAUUGAGCUAUUGGUGUUGUUAUAAAAGUGGCAUUUCUGUCGAUGGCAAUAACCCGUUUCCUUUUCUGAUUCGUUGAAAAGAGAACACUUACCGUUAUUGACUUUAUUCGCAAGCGGUCAAUUUAACACAUGGACACAGUGUAACAGAGCGCGCGUUUCUGUGAUACCUUUAUGCGUAAUUGGCUAGGCCCGGGUCGUCCGCUUUAUCCUAUUCGAAUCCGUUUUAAUUUUUUUGGCAACAUUUCUAAACAAUUGUUUCCCAAGGAUGCUCGUCCUGACUCGGAAUAGAUUCUGGUGUGUUUUCGUGCUGCUUGUCGCGGCCUUGAGGAUGGGAGAGUCGCAGAGAGCAGAGCGCUCCAAGCCAAACUCCAUCAAAGCGGCUCUGUUGGGAGAGCCCACGCCGGCCACGAACCGUUCAGCCACCAUCCAACCCGGGAUCACCAAGAAAGGCAACAUCCUUGCGCAGGUGUACCCAUGCAGCAGCGAUAAGGAGUGCACUGUAGGAAGCUACUGCCACAGCCCUCAGCAAGCACCCUCCCGCUGUCUCACCUGCCGACGGAGGAAGAAGCGUUGCCAUAGAGACGCCAUGUGCUGCCCCAGCAACCGCUGCAGCAACUAUAUCUGUGUCCCUAUCUCGGAGAGCGUCCUCUCACCUCACAUCUCAGCCUUGGACGACCACAACAAGCUCUCCACCAAGGACAGCACUGUCGACUGGAAGAAGAGUGGGAAAGCAGCGCAGGCCAAACACUCUGUUAAAGGUAGCCAUUUCACCUACUUGUUAUACAGCUGUAAACAGACCAGGGUUUAAAUAGUAUUUGAAAUCUGCUUAAAAUGCGUUGAGUGUUGGAUUGAGAUUGCCUGGAGAGAUGGGUGGGGUUUGUACUUUUGAAACUACUCCAUUGGUUCCAUUGCACCAGGCAAGCUUAGUCAAGCACAGCUAUAGUAUUUGAAAGAUCUUCGAUACCGGUUGAACCCAGGUCUGAAGACCGCCUCUCGGCCUGGCCUGGGAGAAGAUAUACAGUCAUACGAAGGGAUCUCUGUUUCCUUUUCCGAUUUCGCAAUAUCUCUCGCUGCUCCUGGUCCACGGUGCUGAAUCUCUGUUGUCCCUGUUCUCUGUUACUUGUCUGCAGUCACACGAAGUUAAAGAGACGCCAGUCCGCAAACGACCGCUAGAAUUACCCGCUAGCUCGUAUAUCAGCUGCGAACCUCAGAGACCACGGCUCAGCAUGGGGGCCUGGCUGAGAGAAACCAAACCACAGUGGCCCCUUGCUGUUCCCCACGACACCUACAUAAACCAGGCAUACAAACACUCUCGCUGACAGCACCAUGCUGUCUCAUAUACAUUUGUGAAACCACAGAAUGUAGAGUUGGCGAGGUUCGUAGUGGUAUUAAUAACUGGAGUUAUUAUUCAACAAGUGAAGUAGGCCUACACUUCGUAUAAGCAGUGUUGUUGUCAAUAAAGUUCUACCUCUAAUGAGACACCUUAAUGGCAGUGCAAUAAAUGCCCUCUGGA